UUUCUUUCCCCUUUUUUUUCGUUGAUUGACGACAGCAAAAAGGAAGGAGAACACAAAUUUUUCGUUUGGCGAGCGUUUAAAUUUUCAUUAUUAUUAUCAGCAGGAUCAUACUUGUUGAUAAGAUUGGACUUUGUUUUACAGACUACGAUUGUGUUAUUCUUGUGAAGUUCAUCCAAUAUGGACACGGCGCGCACUCGGGGAGAUGGAAUGGAAAAUGAAGCACUAGCUGUUGCAACGUCGUCAUCUAUCCAUCAGCAGCAAACGUCUUCCGAUCCUCAAGGUAUUCUUGGCCACAGCGAGUUGAAAUUACCCACUGACCUCGAACUGCAACGACUGCUACCUCAUUCCGGUCCGAAUCCGAUUUACCGUCCCACGGAACUGGUGGCAGUGGGAAACGCCUCGCUUCCGCCGACUGUACCGAAGGGGAAAAUAUUUAAUCUAGUUCCUAAGCUGGUGCCCCGGAGUAGAACCACCACUGGUAGCAGUCUACGAAGCCGGGAACCGAAAUUCGUGCCAUUUGAGCCAUACAAGGGGGCAGUCAAUCCCAUAAUGCCAUUCAAGAAUAACGAAAACCGAGUCAAGAUUAGCGAUAGGAACAAUCUGGAUUUGAGCGUGCUUGUGUCGCAAAUGUCCACCAUCACGAGCAAGGAACUCAAAGGAAUGGGAGAGGACAAGCAGGAAUUCAACGCGGAAAAGCAAAAGUACGAGAAACAAAUCGAGGAGUUGAAAAAGGAAAGAGAUUACUAUCAGAGUCAGCUCAAAUUCCAAGCACAAGUUAACUCGGAAUUAAAGAAUCUGCUGGUGGCCGCCGUUGGGGAAGAUCUGCAGACCAAGGUGAACGUACUGACCGAAGAUAAACUGCAUUUGGCGCGAAAGCUGCUGAACUCAGCGGAAAAUUUGUCUUCCCACACCGAACAGAUCGAGUUUCUCGCGGGGCAAAGCGAAGUAUGGCGCAGCAAGUUCCUGGCCAGCAGCCUAAUGGUGGAGGAACUUGCCCGCUGGAAGACCAGUCUGCUGCAGAAGAAUCGCAUGCUCCUCGCUUCGAACAAGGAAAUGCUCGAAACCACUUCUAAGCUGCGUGAAAUGCAGCUCGAUGUUCUGCGAAAUCUCAAAUUCCUGUCCAACCGAAAGGACAUAUCGCUGCAGUCGGCCAACGUGUUGGAUCUGACGGCCGAGAGUGUCAACAUUUCCGAGCAGUUGGUCCUCGCCCACUCGGCACUGGGAAUGCCGGACUCGUUGGAUCUGGCUGGACUGGACACGACCUGCCCUGCCGAAAAGCUAGCAGUUCAAGCCCUGCAGCACUCGAACGAACCGCUCAUGAAUACUGAUGAAGCAUUUAGGGCUAUCGUUGGGCAGGCAUUUCCAUCGAUUAACACCAUGAAGCACCACCAGAUGAUGAACGAUCCCCAGGCUGCAGACUUUGUCAUGGUGGAGAACUCAGACGGUGUGAUGCCACCAGCUCCACACGUGGGACAAUAGCGUCAGCAAUAGAAUACAGAGGUAGGUGAGGUUUUUUUUGUAGUUCAUUUCGAACGAUUGAGGGAUACGAGAAGCAUUUUUGAGGAAGCAAUCAAAAUCCACUGCUUUUAUUGCAUAUGAACUUCGAUGCAAUCAAUUUUAAACGUAAUUUAGUUAUUAAAUUUUUCAAACAAGUUUUAUCAUAUAAACUACGCCAAAUUUA